AUGACGCUGAGAUACAUGACAUGGAACUGCAGUGGCCUAGGCAAUAUGCUGCUACCAGAAUUAAUUCAAUGGCUGGACGAGCUACCUUCGCAGCAAAGACCUCACGUUGUAUUUCUGCAGGAGUCCCAUUGGAGUAUUACGAGCGAAUGGGAAUCCAAAGGAUGGAUGCAUAUCUCCUCGGGCCAUGCAGAAAAAGACAAAUCGGCAGGACUGUUGACCCUGAUCAACAUACCGCAUGUGACCACCAAGGAGGUUCGUGUACGUCGCGUACUACAAGGUCGCUUGGAUCACAUCCGUAUCACGCACAGCAAGGGUGUAUUGGACAUUCUGAACUGCUACAAUCAAGCGGUAUCUUUUCAACAACCGGAGUCCCAUUAUCUCAAGCGAUCCCAACUGUAUCGCAACCUGGAUAAGAUCUUAUGUUCCUUGGCGGUUGAGCAUCAAGUUUUGGUGGCUGGUGACUUUAAUUUACAACUUCGCAGAGAAGAACCAUAUGUCGGCUCGGCCACAUGCUUGCGAGCACCCUUGGACGCCCAAAUUGCCAAAGAUGUCGAACAAUUCUUGGAGGUGGUUCGCAAACAUGCACUAUGUGCACUCAAUACAUGGCGAGGACGACGACCACAUACCUUUACUCAUCUGAAGUACAAAACUCAGAUUGACUAUGUAUUUACCAGGCAAUCCCAAGCUACAGGGCUGGCCAAGCAAGCAAUGCCUCAACAUGAUUUCAUUGUCGGAGCUUGGAGGGACACGAAGCACUACCCGGUUAUGGGCACAGUUCAUGUACCCAAACCUACAUGGCAACAACGACAAUGUCCCAAAUACGAUAUUACAGCCAUCCUGCAGGAGGUACAGAACCCUGGUACGAUCUCUCAGACCAUCCAUGCCCAAAUGAUGGAGUCACUAAGUACUUUGCCCCUCGAUCGGUAUGACGACAUCCCGAUACUGCUACAUGAUCUUUGCAGCCGCUAUUUUCUGAGGGUCCCAGAGCAGCACUCACCCACACCACAGCAAGUGGAGCUGAAGCAAUACAUCAAAACAAUGUGGGGACACUACAAGGCAGCCAAAACAGGGUCUAUGAUGGGUUCACCGCUCCGUGGACUACUACGUCGCUGGAGGCACCUUGUGCAAUACCACAAAAUGCGAAAGGAGUCCCAAAAAGUUGGUCGAAGAUUGAAGCGAGAGCGAUUCCAAACCUAUCUGGAAAUGGCAGAGGAGGCGGCCAAUACAUCCAACACAGUGGCCCUUUACAAACUUGUUCGCAAGCUGGCUCCCAAGUCCCGACGUCAACAGGUACAAAUACGGGAUGCCGAAGGAAUGAUUAUUUCCGAACUCGACGAAGAAGAACAUCUUCGAAAACACUUCGAGGGAGUAUGGCAUCUUCCCAUGCAGUGGGAAUCGCCCUCACUGUGCACCGCUGUGGCUGAUCAAGGUGAUGGGUCGACAUUCUGCAUAACUGCGAACGAAAUCCGACAAGCUGUAUGUGCGAUUCGCCCACGCAAAGCGGUCAGCCCACAUCUUCCUCCUGCACCUUUUUGGAAAAUAGCUGCGCCAGCACUUGGACAGUGGCUAUCCGGACAGAAAGGCAUCCAGACGGCGGACAUCCGAUACCCUCCAUCAUGGCUUAUGACCUCCGUGGCUCUUCUUCAGAAGCCUGGCAAGCCAGUAGGCCCCCUUUCGUCUCUACGCCCCAUUGGCCUACAAGACCCUCUCUCCAAAGCGUACACUUCGAUUCUGGCCCAGCACUUCAAACCCUAUGCUCUAAAAUACCUGCGCAGGAUCCCACAAUAUGCAUACCUCCCAGGCCGUGACGUUAUGUGUGCAUUGAUGCGUGCAGUACAACAUUGUCGAUCAGUUCGUACCACCAUACAGAGUCAAGCCUACAAUCUGCAUCAUCUCAGACAGGGCACGAGCACGACUGAUUUUCGAGCAGGUCUCCAGGUAUCCCUGGACCUGUCUCAAGCCUUUGACACAGGCCCAUGGUCCCUAGUUAUGGAAGCAGUACGCCGAACAGGUGCUCCUGAAGGCCUAUGCUCUGCGAUUGCUCAAUGGAUCCAGGGCACGGUAUACGAACUCACGUACAAACGCACCCGGCUUUUAGUCCAUGCAGGACGUGGUGUUCGCCAGGGCUGCUGCCUCUCGCCGAUUGUAUGGUCGGUAUUCACUGGACUCCUCUAUCAGGAAUUUGAGGCUAUCGGUGGCUUGCGCUCUCCCACAGGAACGCUGUCCAUGUUCGCUGACGACAAGCACAUAUGCUGGGAGCUGACCUCACCGACUGAUCUUCAUGGUGCUCUUCAAUCUCUGGGUCAACUCCUUCAGCUGCUUCGAAGAUUUGGCUUGAAGGUCAAUGCCAACAAGUCCAAGGCCAUAUUGCAUGUGCAGGGCAAAGGCUCGGAACGGAUCAAGCGCACCUGCAUCAAACUUGUAAAGGAUGAAAAACAUCUGAAGGUACCGAUCUUUGAAGCGAAUACUGUGACAGUGGAGCUCAUUCCACUGGUGUCUCAGCUUCACUACAUGGGUAUAGUAUUGUCAUACACGAGUUUUGAAGAGCAGACAAUGAGACACCGGAUUGCGGUUGGAAGGGCGAAUUACGAUCGCUUACGGAAACUGGUCAAUGCCCGAAAGAUUCUUCGGCUACAUCAUCGCAUUCGACUAUGGCGUUGCACUAUUCUUCCAGCGAUGACGUAUGGACUACUAAGUACGGGCUUAACCAAAACAUCAGCGGACAUGUUUGCAGUUGCAUGGAUCAAACAAAUUCGGGCAAUAUCCAACUCGCCAGUUCAUCUUACGGGAGAGAGAUCGUUGGAUCUAUUACAGAGAGUAGGCCUGCCGGAACCAAUGCAACAUCUACACAAACUGGCCUCCAGUCGACUUCUCAAUCUUCAACAACUGUACAGACAGAUCGAGCCGGAUGAUAUCAUGAAGGACCCAAUGAUUGAGAACAUCCUGCACAACAGAAUUAUGGAGUUCAAACAGCUCGCCCUGGAGGCUACGUACCACCGAAAACACGACUCCACCCUGGUACAUAUCCCGUUGCAGGAGGGCUUUUCAUGUCCAGAAUGUGGCAUUUACUUUAAUACUCAAGCAGCCAUGCGGCAGCACGUUACAAAAAAACACUCAACUGAACAUGAGCCUGAUGUAGCUGCGAGGUCGUUUGCUGAUGUCAAUGCAGACAUACGCAGAUACGGGGUUGAUGGCAUGCCACAAUGUUGUUUUUGCUUGAGCAAGUUCAACACAUGGAGUAGCUUGGGGCGCCACAUUAAACUGAAUCGAUGCACAGCUCCCACCGGCUCAGCGAUAGCCCUCCCUCCUGCCCAGCCCACCCGCGGUGCUACUGAGGUUCGAGACAAGAUUCCAGUCGCAUCGGAUUCUGACUUCCAGCAAUCAUUUCGUAAAGGGGGACUCAGUUAUCUCUGCAGGCGCAAGGACGUGCUUCAGGAGCUCGCUCAUCACUGCGCGAUCUGCAGACAAUGGCUGGUUAACAAGCAUGACUUUGGGUCCCACUUUGUCAAAUCCCAUCAGGACCUCUGGAAAAAGUACGGCACGCGGGCCACCAAGCUGGUAGGUCUCGGAGCCAAGAUGAUCCAGCAAUCCGACCAGAGUCCCCCAUCGACGGCAACAGGGAUGGAGAUGGAACCAAUGGCAGGCUCCAAAAGAAAGGAGGUGGAGCAAGAGACGGCGCCAAUGUUGGUUACGGAAGCAGCGUCGAAGCUUCAGAAAAAGGGACCUGGAAGGGGCAAGGGCAAGGCCAAGACCAAUGCCGGAACCUCCCAGUCAUCGCAAUCUCAGCUCACCAAUCUGGUGCACACCAUCGCGAGACUAUCGAUUCGACACGAAGAUGCAUUGGCGGCGCAAAGACUCAAUCAAGCCUACGUGAUGUUUUUGCAAAUCAAAUCCGCAGGGGAGCUCCAAUCGCUCGUAUCCCCCCUGUACACGGCGUCACAGACGUUCGACACAGAGAAGGAGAUGGGCAAAGCCAAGUAUCCGAAACGGGUGGUCCUGGUCAGCCUCAUCCUUCGCGAGUUGGUAUCACGAGUGGACAUCCUGACGAAGAACGACGACGCGAUGCGGAGCGCGGUGCAGGCACAGUUGCUGGUCAAGGACGAGGACGACGAUCCGUGUUGGCCCUACUUGCAAUGGGAUCCCGACAGUCGCCAGGAACUCCGCAACCAGGAUCGGGAGCCCAUGAAGCUGGAGCGGUGGCAUCGCAAAAUGCAGAGUGUCAUAGGCCUUCUGACGGGGGAGACGGUUCUACGAUGUCAGCCCAGCCGGAAGCUGACGGCCAACAUGGAGGGCGACCAGGUGGCUAUGUUCCUCGAGAUCGGCACCGUGGGCGAAUCGGAGCAAGACCUUCACCGCCAUCUUCGGGACAUGUGCGACCUCUCGGUGUGGAAGAUGGUACUGGGAAGGUUCCGAAGGGAUCGUCUUCAGCGGAACCCCCUGGCGAACCGGGUCAUGGAGCUUCUCCCGGACAACGCCUGA